GCAACCUUAAGGGCUUAGGUUGUCCUCUUUUUUUUUUGGUGGCUUUUUAGGUUAAAAGAACACCCGUGCAUUAAAGGGACUAGUCAAACACCAUUAAAGAGAAAAGGCAUACUCAUCAUCCAAAUAAAGCAUUAUUUAGGAUUAGGUACACCUAAUUCUCAAAACAAAAUAUGGUUCCGUUGGCAUAGCUCAAGGAAGUUGUUGAAACUCCCACCACUUCACCUCAUUCGCAGCAUAACUACAUAUACACCCACAAACCAAAAGCUAAUUAAUGUACAAACAACACAGCCCAAAAAACCCCAAAAAUGGCAGAAACAAAACCACCCAAGAAUGAACAAAAGCGAAAGCAACAGCUUAUCUCCAUCCCGUUCGCAUGGGAAGAAAAACCGGGCACUCCCAAAAAGGACUGGAAACCCACCCCACGUCCAGUCAGCACCAAUCCCUGCCCGCCACCUGUCAAGCUCGUCGUCUCUGUCCCGUUCGGUUGGGAAGAAAAGCCCGGCACACCCCUCCAAUCCUUCACAUUCCCAAAACGCCCUUCACAAAAUGAUUGCGUAAACUUCGCGAGUAAUGAAGAAGGAGAUAACAAUGAUUUAUCAGAUUCAGAGUCCUCAGAAGCAUGCAGUUUCAAAACGAGUGUAUCGUUCUGCUCGCCAGCCAAUGUACACGCGACACCUGUCCCUCUUCAGCAAACUCCAUUUCAGGAGAAUGGAGCUUCUUUCUUGGAGUGGCUUUUUCCUCUGCUUGUGCCGAGUUCGAGUUUUUCGAAUAAAGACGGACUACUGGAAAUGGAUAGUAGUAAAGAGCUUCUCCAGAGUGAAAGAAAUUCCAGUCAAGUGAGAAGGCCUUUGCUGACACUUGGAGAGCUGAUAGUGAUGAGCCGGAGAAGAAGUUGCCAGAGGAAAGUCAAAGUCAACAGAAUGAGUAAACAGCCAUCCAUGGACUUUGCAAGGAGGAACACCUGGGGCUGCUUCCGCAUGAGUGAGCUGCAGAUUAAGUGGAAGAAACAAUUGCAACUAAAGCUUAUGUAAAAAAAUUGCUGUCUGUAAACCAGUUUAUGUUCAAAUCCAAACCUGAAGAAAAAACUGUGUCGGCCGUGGUUUCUUUCCACAUGAUUGUUC